AUGAAAUUGUCCAACUUAGUUCUAUUGUCCAGCGCCGCUUUGACUUUGGCUGCUCCAGCGGUCCACCACAACGACCACCAGAACGCUAAGCGUGCCGUCGUCACCGUGACCGAAUUCGUCGACGAAAACGGGAACGCUAUUGCUCCUGAAACUGCCGCCCCAGAGACUGCGACUGCACAACAGGCUGCUCCAGUGGCUCAGCCAACUACCACUGCUGGUACUCCUACCACUUUGAUUGGUACUACCCAACAGGCUGCUGCUGCCACCACCCAGGCUGCCACCACCCAGGCUGCUACCCACCAGGCAUCUUCCAACAACGCUGGCGGGAUUGACGGUGACUUGGCCGAUUUUGCGAGUCCAUCUGGUUCGUUCCAAGACGGUACCGUCAAAUGUUCCGAUUUCCCAUCCGGUAACGGUGUGAUCUCGAUCGACUGGGCCGGCAUGGGCGGCUGGACUUCCAUCAUGGACAUGGAUGGCCACACUUCCACCGAAUGUACAGAUGGCUUCUACUGUUCAUAUGCCUGUCAGGCAGGUAUGUCCAAGACCCAAUGGCCGGAGAACCAACCUUCCGACGGCAGAUCCGUCGGCGGACUGCUAUGUAAGAACGGAUACUUGUACCGUGCCAACCAGAACUCAGAAAACUUGUGUGAAUGGGGCCAUGCCACCGCCAAAGCGGUCAACAACGUCGGCCAACAGAUCGCACUGUGCAGAACUGACUACCCUGGCUCCGAGAACAUGAACUUGCCCACCGUCGUGUCUGCUGGUUCCUCAAAGCCAAUGUGUAUCGUCGAUGAGGACUCCUACUACAAAUGGCAGGGCAAGAAGACAUCCGCGCAGUACUACGUCAACAACGCAGGUGUCUCCGCCCAAGAUGGGUGUAUCUGGGGUCAAGACGGUUCCGGUGUCGGUAACUGGGCUCCAGUCGUGCUAGGUUCCGGUUACACCGAUGGACGUACUUACUUGUCCAUCAUUCCCAACCCAAACAACCGUUCCCCACCAAACUACAACGUCAAGAUCGUUGCCGACGAGGGGUCCUCCAUUUCAGGGGACUGUUCGUACGAAAACGGUAGCUACACUGGCUCAGGGUCUGACGGGUGCACUGUCACGGUCACCUCCGGUAGCGCCAACUUCGUCUUCUACUGA